CUGCAUCAAUGAUCAUUGCCACAUGCAAGAUAACUGACAAACUUUUAUUUCCGAGGCUUAAAUCAUAGCGAUUGCUCGAUGAAAGCUAAAAUGCACUACGCAAUAAUUAAGUACAAUUUAAGUUUGUAAAAAAUGGCAAUGGCAGCAUUGUAAACAAAAGUGUCAACAAAAACAGAUCGGUGAAACCGUAAGCCAUUGGGCUGAAAGAAAUUUAAAAUUAAUUUUUACCUCAUAAAAUGGAAACAAUGGUGUUUGCUCGACUUGCAAAAAGACUAUCUGUUUCUUCGAAAUAUUUAACAUGCAGUUUAAAUAACGUUUUUCAUAGUUCUUUCCAGAUUAUUCCUCUCAGAUGCUCAUCUGAAGGGCAAUAUAAAAAUGAAGUAAAGAAACCACCAUCAAAAAAUUUCACAAGUUCUUAUCCACCUGCUUAUGAUCCAAAAGAAGUUGAACAAAAUUGGUAUGAAUGGUGGGAACAAAACCAAUUAUUUAUCCCUGAGUCUGAAUGUGCUGCAACAAAGAGGAAAGACUACACUAUCGUUUUGCCUCCACCAAACGUAACUGGGAACUUACAUAUUGGUCACACUUUGACUGUUACCAUCCAAGACUGCAUUGCUCGUUGGCACAGAAUGAGAGGAGAAUCAGUUCUCUGGGUUCCGGGAUAUGACCAUGGAGGAAUUGCAACUCAAACAGUAGUAGAAAAGAAACUUCUGCUUGAAAGAAAAUUAUCAAGGCAAGAAAUCGGCAGGAAAGCCUUUAUUGAAGAGAUCAACUCUUGGAAGAAUGUCACCCAAAAAAACAUUGAAACUCAGUUAAAAUUAUUGGGAGCAUCGUUGGACUUUCGUAAAUGCCUUUUUACAAUGGAUGAAAAUUCCUCAAGAGCUGUCAAUAAAGUGUUUAUACAAUUAUUUGAAGAAAAUUUGAUUUAUAGGAAAGAAAAAUUAGUUAAUUGGUCUUGUGAACUGAAAUCUGUGAUAUCUGAUAUUGAAGUAGAUCAUAUUGAAGUUUUAGGAAAAACCAGAAUUAGAAUUCCUAGUUUGAAAGAUCCAAUUCACUUAGGAUUAAUGGAUUAUUUUUAUUAUCCUGUGUUGGAUUCAGAUGAAAAAAUACUGAUUGCAACCACAAGAUUAGAAACAAUGCUAGGGGACUCCGCUAUUGCUGUAAAUCCUGAUGAUAAAAGAUAUUCUCAUUUAAUUGGAAAAUUUAUAAGACAUCCCUACACUGAGGAGAAUUUACCAAUUAUAGCGGAUGAAAGUAUUAAUAAGGAAUUUGGCACUGGUGUGAUGAAAGUAACGCCAGCUCAUGAUUUUCAAGACUUUGAUUUAGGCCUUAAGCACAAAUUAAAAUUUACAGAUGUUUUUGAAGACAAUGGUACUGUUAGUGCAGACAUCGAAAAUUUUAAGGGUAAACAUCGUUUGGUAGUACGAGAACUGCUUCGUAAAAGUCUUUUGGCUAAAGGUUUGUACCAAGAAGCAAAAGCUCACACUACUAUGAUACCAUUUUGUAGUAGAACUGGAGAUAUUGUAGAGCCAAGGCUGAAAGAGCAGUGGUAUCUGGACUGCUCCGAAAUGGGAAGGAAAGCUCUUGAGUUUGUUAAGGAUGGAAAGUUAAAUUUUGUUCCUGAACAUCAAGAGAAAGUUUGGAAUGAAUGGUUUAAAAAUCUUAAAGACUGGUGUAUAUCUAGACAACUCUGGUGGGGUCAUCAAAUCCCUGCGUAUAAAGUAUCUCCAAAAAGCAAUCCUGAAGAAAAAGUGUAUUGGGUGGCAGCGACUGAUAAAAAUGAAGCUAUUCAGAAAGCUAGCCAGAAAUACAACUUAGAAAGUCUUUCACUUGAAGCUGUUCAAGAUAAUGAUGUUCUUGAUACAUGGUUUUCCUCUGCUCUGUAUCCACUGACUUCUCUAGGAUGGCCUUCUCAGGAGAGCCAGCUUCAGAAGUUGUAUCCCUUAAAUUUAAUGGAGACUGGAUUUGAUAUAUUAUUCUUUUGGGUGGCAAGAAUGGUUAUGCUGUGUCACCACAUCUCUGGAAAACUCCCUUUUCAUGAGGUUCUCUUGCAUGGGAUGGUCUGUGAUUCACAGGGAAGAAAGAUGACAAAAUCUCUUGGCAACACUAUCGACCCUUUGGAUGUCAUUUAUGGUGUCUCUUUAGAGGAUCUUCUGCAAAGAGUUCAAAAUAAUCAAGAUAGUUUAUCUCCAGAAGAAUUGAAGUCUGUUGUGAGUGGAUACAAACAGCAUUUCCCUAAUGGAAUUCCAGAAUGUGGAACAGAUGGUUUACGUUUUUCCUUGCUAUCACAUGACAUUCAAAAUCAACGCAUCAAUAUUGAUGUUAAAAGUAUUAGAAUAUGUCGACAUUUUUGCAACAAAAUUUGGCAAGGCUUUAGAUUGUUUACAAAAGCAAUUGAAGAAUGUCCCAAAGAGCACUUAACUCCCCUGUCUUCAGAAGAGGUGCAUAGCUUGAAAGAAUCUGAUAUUGAUCGUUGGAUUCUGAGUCGUUUAGCUGGAUUAGUUUAUGUUGCCAAUUCUAAUUUUGAGUCCUAUAAUUUUCAUGUUGUGGCAAGCGCAAUAAGGCAGUUUUGGGUUCAAGGAUUUUGUGAUGUCUAUAUAGAAUAUGUGAAGUCAGUUUUACAAGAAAAUGAUGAGCGUCGCCUCUUCUUAUGCCGUGUAAUGCUGACUUGCAUUGAGACAUUUUUGAAGGUUAUUUCCCCCAUGAUGCCCUUCUUAUCUGAAGAACUUUAUCAAAGAUUAGCUGCAAUUACUAGCAUUAAGCCAAACUUCAGUGUCACAACAGCUUCCUAUCCAAAUUUGGAUGAGUUUGCAGGAUGGCGAAAUACUGUUUUGGAAGCAAAUGUCCUGACAGUUAUUGAUUUGAUAGAAGGAUGCAGAUCCCUGAAAUCUCGACACGCAGUUACAAAAAUGACUCCUGCUGUGGUGAUUACAACAAAUGAAGAAAAUACCCUGAAUGCAUUGAGUCCUUUUGGCAGUUUCAUUACUACUCUCGCCAAACUGGAAUCUGUGACGUUUCAUCUAUCAAAAGAGGAAUUCAUUAGUCAGCCAUCACAGGAUACAUGGGUGUGCCAAACAUGUGAUCAUGGCAUCACGCUUCUAAUGGAUAUUGGGGAAAAAGUGGACAUUAAAAGUAAUACUGUUGACAAAUUGAGCAAGAUCCGUAAAGAACUUGACAAGCUGAACAAAAUGUUGUCUGACAGUGGCUACAAGAAAAAAGCUUCUCCCCACGUGAGAGAAAAAACAAUGGCUAAAAAAGCUUCAUUGGAAAGCGAGCUUCAGAGACUUUCAACUUUUUAUGGUAAGAGUGAGACAGAGAAAAAGAAGGAUUCUUCAUUCUCUUGAAACAAUGUUGCACCAUUGUUGAAACUUUCAUGUAAAAUAUCAUUGUUGUAACUUUGCUCGUGUGUUACAAAUUAGUUGUGCAAAAUGAUGUCUAGUCAGAAAGAUGCAUCUACGAUAUCAUUCCUUUACAGAGCAUCUACAGAACAUUAUUUUGAAAGCAGCCUGAAACAUAACUUUUAAUUUUUUUUCAUAUAUUAACAGAAUUCGUAUAAUUCUGUCAUGCUAUUUUAGUUAAAUAUACGAUGUUCUGUAAGGAUCGUCCUAAAUGCAUAUUUUUACAAUUCUUGUCAAAAAUGAAGAAAAAAAAAGUAAAUUCUGAAUUUCAGGAGUAGCAACUCUUACCAAGCCAAAGAACAGAAAUCUGAUCAAUUAAUGGUAAUCAAAAAUGUUGGCAAUAAUGGAAAACACUAAAAAAAUGUAAUAAUAUAUCCAAUGAUCUACAAUACAAAGUAUACGAUGGCUGCAUUUGAUUUCUUGUCAAAAAUAAAAAUAAUAAAAUCAAACCUAUUGAAAAUUCCAAACUGAGGCAAGGGGAUAAAUAAGGGUAUCAAAACCAAUUGAAUUUUUAUUUGAAAAGCCUUAUUUAUUGGUUUGACUAUUAAAAAUCAAAUUAGCUCUAAAUUAUCAUUGUUAUUUAUAUAUGUAGAUUUUGUUGUUAUGUAUGUAGAUAUGUAGAUUUUGUUGUUAUAUAUGUAAAUAUGUAGAUUUUGUUUUGUGUAUCUUGGGGGUUAAUUAACGCAUUUCGAUAAAAUAAAUU